AAGAAGGAUAAUAUAUAACUAAUGGAGAUUUGGGGAAGUCAGAGACAAAGGGGGUGCCGGGGUGGUGCCUAAAAAACAAAAAAUAGAAAUGGUUGUCUGAUUUAAGUACCUUAUGAAUCUAACUACCUCAAGUGAUUGAUACGGAAGCGAGUGUUCUUGUGAAAGUUGGAAAAAAAUGGAGAGUUCAUUAGAAGGAAGGUCUUUAGCAGAAACUCCUACAUGGGCUGUUGCUACUGUUACUACUGUCAUGGUUUUUGUUUGUUUAGCUGCCCAGAGAUCUAUUAUUCGAUGCGGAAAGUGGUUGAAGAGGACAAGGAGGAAAGCUCUCUUAACAUCUUUAAUAAAGAUCAAAGAAGAAUUGAUGUUUCUUGGGCUUAUAUCUUUGUUGCUGGUACAAUGGGCAGGGUGGAUAUCUGAGAUAUGCGUUGAUUCAUCUCUUUUCGAUAGUCGGUUUUAUCUUUGCUCAGAAGAAGACUAUGGACUUCAUCAACCUAAACCAAUUCAGCAUUUAAUCCGUGAAGAAGACGCACAUCAUUCAAAUCAUACAGUUGCCAGUAAACAUCCAUCAGAACAUAUUGUUCAUUCAGUACCACCGUCACAUACCUGCGGUAAGGGGCGUGAACCGUUUGUUUCGUACGAAGGUCUCGAGCAACUCCACCGGUUCUUGUUUGUUCUCGGAAUAACACAUGUAGUCUAUAGUGGUGUGGCAAUUGGUUUGGCUAUGUAUAAGAUUUAUAGCUGGAGGAAAUGGGAAAGCCAGGCAUACAUAUUGGCCGUGGAGAUGCAAGCAAAGAGGUACAAAAUAAUGAGGCGGCAGUCUACGUUUAUUUCCCAUCAGACAUCUCAUCCAUGGAGUAGGAGCAGCAUUCUCAUAUGGAUGCUUUGCUUUUUUCGGCAAUUUAAGAGUUCCAUAGAGAAGGCAGACUAUUUUGCAUUACGACUGGGCUUCGUCACUAAUCACAAAUUGCCACUCUCUUACGACUUCCACAAGUAUAUGGUCCGAAGCAUGGAGGACGAGUUUCAUGGAAUUGUGGGUAUCAGUUGGCCUCUUUGGGGUUAUGUCAUACUAUGCAUCUUUGUAAAUAUCCAUGGACUUAACAUCUACUUCUGGCUCUCCUUCAUCCCUGUUAUCCUGGUCAUGUUGGUGGGCACAAAACUGAGACAUGUUGUGUCCCUAUUAGCCCUUGAAAUCGUGGAGGCAACAGGUCCUGCAGGAACGGGGCAAGUAAAACCACGUGACGAUCACUUCUGGUUCAGAAAACCUGAAAUUUUGCUAUGGUUGAUACAGUUUAUCUCCUUUCAGGUUAAUGCCUUUGAAAUGGCGACAUUUCUAUGGUCUCUGUGGGGACUAAAGCAGCGAGAUUGUUUCAUGAAGAACCACGCAAUGGUCACAAUUCGCUUGGUUUCGGGGGUACUUGUUCAGUUUUGGUGCAGCUAUAGCACAGUGCCGCUGAACGUCAUUAUCACGCAGAUGGGUUCCAGGUGUAAAAAAGCCUUAGUAGCUGAAAGUGUAAGAGAAUCACUGCACAGUUGGUGUAAAAGAGCGAAAACUAGACGCGAAUCUGUACAUUCCCGAACAACGCGGUCUGUUUGUUCACUAGACUCAACAAUAGAUGAACGAGACGAAACUAUAACACUUGGUUCCGGCACUCUAUCUCGGUCUAGCUCAAUUGCUUCAUUAGACAACAUCCCUGAAAUAAGCAACGAAAAACACGAAACAGCUUUUGAGAUAACAGAUAACCCAACAUUUGAUGUUUCCUCUCCAAUUCCAGAAUAUUCAUCUCAUUCAGAUGACAGGAGAGAAUCGGAUAAUCUUCCUUUUGGCAAUACAGAUAGCAACAAGAGCGAAAUUGAGUGUAAACCGGAUACUCUUCUUGAAUUGUUUAAGAAGACAUGAACUGUUACGUUCUUUAUUGAGUUAGGAUUUAGGAAUUCAUUCUUUAUAUGUGCAGAACUUUGCUAUGUUCUCAUAACUUUUGCCAAAAAACUAUGGCAACUUUGAAUUGCUUAUAAUAUGAAGUGCGCAUAAUCGUGUUCCAGUUUCGCGAUACAGCUUUUGUUAGCCAAAUGAUUUGCAUACCAUGUAUGGCAUACAAGGAUGAAACAAGUUGGCUUUACAAUAGCAAUUACAUGAACAAAAGAAAUAACACAAUAAUCUCAUCAUUUGCCAAUUAUUUCCAAACAUACAAAUCAAUUCCUUGAAAACUUAAGUUUGAACAAGAAAUCAAAACCAUAAUGAGUAAGUCAUAUAUAUAUGGAGCAUAACUCCUAAUCAUCUUUUGGCGUCCAUGAAAGAACACAAUGAACUUAAACAGAAUUAACCCAUGAGUGCCUCUUCCUGGUGAGUCUCAACAGUGACAUCAGAUUGUGGAUAUGCGACACAUGUUAGAACCCAUCCCUCGUCCAUCUGAUCAUCGUCGAGGUAACUACCAUCGGAUUGAUCUACCUUCCCAGCCACAACUUUACCUGCACAAGAA